UUCACUCCUGUGAUCUCAUCGCCAGCCGCCAGAGUCCCCUCCAGAGCAGCAGGGGUGUUGUCAAAGACCUGACAGAGAUCCCAGUUACAGGAAAUAAGGUUAUCUUGUCUGAUCCCAGUCUGUCCGUCUUGCAACUCAAACCACAUUCAGGGCCCCUUUCACCACCAGUGACAACAUGGCAAUGCCAAUGGAACUUGAGCUGAAGCAUGUGGAGCUGAGAGCUGGAGACCAGUUCAAAGUACAGGGGAGGAUUAUGGAUGAGGCUGAGAGGUUCCAGAUCGACCUGGGCUGUGAUGAAGAUGACCUGGCACUGCACUUUAACCCACGCUUCAAUGAUGACACUGAUGGUACUGUGCUCGUGUGCAACUCAAAGAUUGCUGGCUGCUGGGGUGAUGAGAAGAGAGAGAUCCACAAUCCACUCCAAAGGGGUUCUACAUUCAAGAUUGUGCUGAAGCUGACGGGCGACAUGUUUGAAGUGGAGAUGCCUGAUGGACAGGAGAUCCAGUUCCCCAAUCGUGAAGGCCUACACGUCAUUACCUACAUUCGUAUCAAAGGAGACCUCAAACUUACUUCUUUCAAAAUCUACUAGACCCCAAUAUAUGAGGGGUGAUUUAGUUAGAUCAAUGGGUUAGGACAGGAGCAAUGACACUCAUCAAAUCAUUGUUCUAAUAUAUGUAUUUGUGAACUGUUGGGCAUAUUAAAUAUGUAUCU